AUGACGGCAAUCGAGGUAGCCAAGUCGGCGACGGGCGAAGGAGUUGCUUAUAAUUGCAAAUUUCUGCAGGGUCGUUUGGAGGCCGCACGCAGAGCCGCGGAACAUCAAACAACAUCAACGAAGUCGACUGACGACCACACGGAGCUAGAGACCACACGAUUAGACUGUUUGACUCCUAACACAAGCAGUAGAAGUCCGCUAUCAUCAGCAGCUGCAGAUUCCCCACAUCAGACGGAGCCGAAAGUAGCAGUCGAUGAGGCAGAAACUCUGAUCUCCACGAUGGAGGCGAAAUUGGCUGAGCGAUUAGAUUCUGGCUCACUGAACGUUACGGGCCAGACAACAUGCGGUGACGGUAAGUUUGAACAGACAGAAUUUGCCGAACGAAUCGUGGUAUGGUUACUCGAUCACGACGAUAUGAGUUGUGACUUCUCCAAGAUGUCCGAGGCUCAAGCAUCGAAAGUCAUGUCAGCUGUGUUUCUUCGCGGGAAACGUGUGGAGGCAGCUGACCUGUACGAGUGGACUCUGCCGACGGGAAAAAAAGUGAAGAGAUGCGCAACAAGUACAAGUAGAGGUACACCGGCUGCGAAUUCAUCGUGUUCUAAAGAGUCACCAGAAGUUAAGGCUGUUGGAAGCUCCUGCAUUUUCCAUUAAAUCUUUGUUUGAGAGUGAGUCGACCCUUUUUCGCUUUAGUAAAAACUUGAUUAAACGAAACUAAAUGUAAAUAGGGGGGCUUCUACUUCUAGACGCCUUAGAUUGAUGACAUACCUGUCAGUAGGACGAACAAAUAUUAAUAUCUACGAUUUCAAUGAGCGUGACCUUUUCGCUCUCGUUGUUCUCCACUUCUACCAUUGUGGGGAUUCAGGACGAAAUAAUUCCGUAUUAUGGUGCGCCUCCACAGUUUUUUGGAAAGAUUACUGUGGCGAAGAGCAACUUUCUGACGCACUUUGAGGCAGCGACUCGUGAGAAGGGUUUCGGCAGCAAGCAGUGCAAGAGCAACGGCGUCAAGUUUGAUCAGAAGCUGUGCAAGGUUCCCAUAUUACGUCCUCCACUAACAUCCCUGGUCUUUUUUCAAGUAGAAAAUUGGGGAAGGAUCAUGUAUGUUCUAAAGAAUGUAAGGUGGAAAGCUUUGAUCAUAACCAUACAGAAUUGCGAAGAAAGACGCACGGAAAGCUCAAGAUUCAGUGGGUGCAUGUUUGAUCUGGAUCUAUGCCUCUGACUCUGGUGCGCCUCUCGCAAUGCCACUCACAAUAUCGCCUUCCAUUCCAAUUUUACUUACAUCAGAAAGAGAGUUUAUUCUCACCGAGAAGAUCUUCGUGAAGGUUUACUUUCUUUAUAUAGAAUGGAUUUUCUCAGCUUGUCCCUUUCCCGUCUAAAAAGAAAGACAGAGGUGGACUUCAGAGUUGCGUCCUUUUCCUCCCCCG